AUGCCUCACACUGGUUCUUGUCUUUGUGGAUCUUGUAAGAUCACCGUCAAGUCCACACAGGAGAAACAGAUCGCUUGUCAUUGUACAGAUUGUCAACAAUCUUCAGGUUCUGCUCAUUCCACUAAUAUUCUUCCCAAGAUCUCAGAUGUUGAAAUCACCGGAGAUGUCAAGGAGUAUAAUUCCAAAGCUGCUAGUGGCAAUACCGUAACUCGAGUUUUCUGCGGUAAUUGUGGUUCUGCAUUAGCUCAUAAAUCCAAAGCUUUCGGAGACUCAAUGGCAGUUCAAACUGGUAACCUCCCUGAUUUCAAGACAAUCCCUUUCGAAGCCGAAUUGUUCGUCAAAGAUCGAUGGACUGGUCUUCCCGCUAUUCCAGAAGCUGGCCAAGUUCAAGUGAUGCCCGAUGCUUAG